AUGCGUCACAACUCAAUAGCACGCGUGCUUCGGGCACCAAAGGCAUCUGCGCGGUGCAGCCCAGCCCUGCCGCCCACGACUUUCGCAUGCAGACGGUCAUUCCAUACAAGCAAAAGAUGCCAGACCGAUGGGGUCUACAAAGCACUCACAGAGAUGAGAAUCCGCACGCCAUGGAUAGAAGCACUGAGAGAAUCGCAAAAUGGUUCCGCGGCAGCAGACCCGAAACCAACCCCGAAACCAGAUGUGACCCCAAAGAGAAUGUCAGAUAGCUACGUCAGCCUUGUGCUCCCACUGGCUCAAGACAAAUGGCUUCUCGACACAUAUGCGAACUACACCGGACAAAUUCGGACGGGGACGCUCCUUAUGGAUCUCGACGCCAUGGCCGGCGUCGUAGCCUACAAACACACUGGUGAAGGUGUCAGCACAGUGACCGCCGCCGUGGACAGAAUCACACUGCAAAAUCCGAUCAGGGAAAUCUGCGACCUAGAACUGAGCGGCCAAGUCACAUUCGCGACCGGGCGAAGCAGCAUGGAGAUCACGCUACAAAUAGCGAAAGCUCCUGCAGAAGGAGAGAAGAUCUUACCGGAACACGUCUUCAUGACAUGUGCUUUCACCAUGGUGGCAUUGGACCCUCAGACGAAGAAACCGAUCAACAUUGCGCCACUGGAAGUGACGACGCCCGCCGAGAAAGCGAUCUUCGCAAAGGGAGCCGAGAACUACAAGAACAAAAAAGCCAUGAAGUCGGCCCACAUCUUGCAAAAAGCCCCCGAUGCCGAGGAGUCGAUCGAAAUCCAUAAGAUGUGGACCGAAUCGCUCGCGUACGCCGACUCCAAGAAUCCCAAACAUCAACCCAAGAACGUGCAGAACAUGAGCAAGACCACGAUUCACAGCACACAGAUCAUGCAACCGCAAUACCGCAACCGUCACAAUUUCAUGAUCUUCGGAGGGUACCUCCUGAAGCAAACCUUCGAACUAGCAUUCACCUGCGCGGCCGCCUUCUGCCACACGCGACCACGGUUCUUGAACCUUGACCCAAGCACAUUCGAAGAGCCAGUUCCUGUCGGAUCGGUGCUGUACGUGUCCGCGGGUGUUUCGUACACGGAGCCGGACCCCAGCGGCGGUACACGCAUCCAGGUGAUGGUGCGGACGCACGUGCGGCCGGUCGAGCACCAGGACCAGGAACGAAAGUCGACGGGCACGUUCUUCUACACGUUCCUGUCGUCCGACAGUGUCAACGUGCUGCCGCAGAGUUACGGUGAGUUUAUGCGCUGGGUUGCGGGGAAGAGGAGGGCCGAGAAUCUCGCAGCCACGCUUAAGGCCGACCAAUCUACCAUGCUUGCUAGUAUGCACGCUGAGAAUAUCACGGAAUGA